UGAGCUCACUUCCGUGUAUUCUUUAUUCGACGGACGCAUGCUUCCGUCUCCAUUUUCAUAAAGUCAAGGCGCCGCGACAGAAGCACCUAUCCGCAGUUGUCAGUAGCCGUGCGCUAUAGCAGCGAGUGCUCUACAUGCGAAGAAGUGGAAAUUAAACUGGACUAUUUCUCCUUCUGUUUAUUAUUUUUUUCUAUCCACUCAACGCUUGAUUUUUAAUUGCACAUUUUGCAUUACGAACUGAUUUUAAACUCAAAAAUGGAGAAUCAAGAAAGCGAGUAUCUCCCGGAGCUUCUCGCGGAGAAGGACAGUAUGGAUGUCUCGUUUACGCACGCUAUGAAACUUUUAUCUACAGAAAUCGAGAGAAUCCAGAAAGGUGAACCCAAGAAGGAAGGAGGAGAUGCGUAUCUGGACCUUUUCACCGUCAAGAAUAUCAAACUGAAGGAACGUGUGCUCAUACCCGUCAAACAGUAUCCGAGGUUCAACUUUGUGGGGAAGAUUCUUGGCCCUCAGGGCAACACAAUCAAACGCCUUCAGGAAGAGACUGGGGCCAAGAUCUCUGUACUUGGCAAAGGCUCCAUGAGGGACAAAGCCAAGGAGGAGGGUCUGAGGAAAGGUGGCGAGGCCAAGUACGCACACCUGUCUAUGGAGCUGCAUGUCUUCAUCGAGGUGUUUGCCCCCGUGCCCGAGGCUUACCUACGUAUGGCGCACGCCAUGGAGGAAGUCAAGAAGUUCCUGUUUCCUGAUAUGAUGGAUGACAUCUGUCAGGAACAGUUCAUGGAGAUGGGUUAUUUGAACGGGGGCCAGGAGCAUGGGCCAGGGGUCCCACGAGGCAGAGGAGGACCACCGGGCCCAAGGAGCCGAGGAGGGCCUCCGGGACAACCAGGGGCACCCAGGGGUAGGGGUAUGCCCCAACGUGGAGGUACCACCAGGGGAGGUCCAGCCAGAGGCGGGGUAGCGAGGGGGGCACCAGCAGGAAGAGGAACCCCUGCCAGAGGGGCAACAGCACCCCGAGCCAGACUCACUGCCCCUGGUGGGCCUCCAAGAACCCUUCCUCCCCCCCACCAACACGCCCCAGCACCGGAACAAUAUGAGGAAUACGCCUAUGAUGAGAGCUACACUGAGCCAGCGUACGAGUCAUACGACAGCUACUACAGUCAGCCACAGGCAGAGCCAGAGUACUACGACUACGGACACGGAGAAACACAGGAAGCAUACGAAGCCUAUGCCCAGGACGACUGGAACGGGACCCAGAGAGGGGCGCCGGGGGGUAAGGCCCCUACUGCCAGAGCGACUAAGGGCCCUUACCGAGAACACCCCUAUAGACAAUACUGAACUCAUCACCGUGCCAACGCCUAGCGACCAACGCUACCACCGUUAACGCGUUGCCCGACAACCAACCAUCAACCUGUCUACCACGGCAGCUCUUGCUCUAAGCAACCCUCGACAAAAGUAAUUGUCCGUUUUUUGUUUUUGGUUUGGAAUUUUCUACACUGGACUUUUAUGAGCCGAAAAUCAGGAUCAUAACUGAUCGAAGCUGAUUUGAUAUUUAAUUCAGACCGUAAAACAAUUUUUUUUUUUUGGGGGGGGGGGUUUGAAGUUUUAGUUGAUUUCUGGUUUUUUCUCUGACCCUGUCUCCCUCUUGGCUUUUCUUUUGCACUGUUGACCUUUUUAAUAUUUGGAUUUAAACUCACUUCUAGUGGAGUUAGACGACUUAUCCACAUGUUGUCGUCUUUAAAGGGACAUUUCCAAAACGCUCUACUUCAUAUUCAUUAUCUCCAGGUCAACAUCAACAUAUGUCAACACGGUACGUUUCUACGUUUAUGUAGUUUAAAAAAAAUAACUGUUUCCGAUGACGACAUCGGUGUGCAACUAAUUGGUUGAUGUUAUCUUCUUAUUUUCACAAGUAUUAAUGUUGGUUCUGGAGAUGAUGAAUAUGAAGUAGAAUUAUUAUUAAUCAUUAUUUUGUUUAAAACUAUUACUUUGAGGGACAGUUGCAGAUUCCCAUUUAGGCUACAUUUCAAAGAUUUUUAUUUUAUUUUUUUAAAUAUAGCAAAGUAAAAGAAACAAACACUGUUUCAAUUAUGUAAUAUAGACCAAACAAAAAACGCCAAAGGUCAAAGGAAACAGGAAAAACAAACAAAUGUUAAUGGAAUUUGAUUUAGUAAUCCCAUUUGUUUUAAAUAGUUUUUAAUUAAAAGUUGUCAAUGUAGACUUUUUUUUUUUUUUAUAUACUGACAUUUUCUCAUUGUACAUUUAGAGUUUUGAAAUAUAGGCCUGAUUAUCCCCUGUUGAGAUGGACUGUUCUCACAUACUACUUUUUAAUUUUUUUUAAAUUAAAGUUGGUUCAACAGUAAGUUCAUUUUUAUUAUGUCUCUACAGUCUGUCUUUUCUUUUUUUUUUAUAAGUAGGAUACGGCCUUAGAUCGGCCUCAUGUCAUGAUAAAUAAUAUCACGUGUCAGUACAGGAUCUUAUUGGUUGAAUCUGAUUCUAUAAAACUGCAUGUAAAAACGAUGCAAUGAAGGAUUGGGACAAAAAUCUACACAUGAAAGGGAGAUCCUGCAGCUUUUCAAUCUGAUCUCUUGUACUUUAAAUCAUCCAAAUUGCACAUCCACUAUUCUGCCACUGGUAUUAAUUAAAAUGCAUUAUGCUCUAUGUGUAAGACUUGCCCAAAUAGGUAACUACAAAAUCUGUCCAAAAGAUGUUUUUGCAGAAAUUUGUCAAUAAAGACUAGUUUGUUUUUUUAUGAAACUUCCCGUAA